UUUCUGUAACAAAAGGACGACAAAAUUAUAGUUCUAGCAGAUCAUCUUGCUGAUUGUAAGAGCAAAAUUUUUUGUACAGGUUUUUAAAACGUCGGUGGCUUAUUUAAAUUUUCUCCGGGCUACAGUUACAUAAUUCAUUCUCUGACUAUUCAUUAUUUUUAUAGUACUUGUAGAAAGAAAAUAUAAGAAGACAUUUUCGCGAUACUGUCGGCUACUAAUUAUGCGAUGUGUACAUGUACAAAUGUUUGAUCAUAAGAGCUCGAAGCCACCGUAAAGAAAAAGCUGCAGAGGUACUGACGUACUACGUCUACUACGACGUAGAGGACUACGUACACGUGGGAGAAUUCAACUACACGAUCGACUGACACGAAUUACUCGAGAACCUGUACAGCAAGUAUUAAUACCUAGCUGACUUCGUUCUAUGUAUUUCCGCAAGUGUAAUUUUCUACAAAUGUUUCAAUUGAACUUGAGAAGUUUCACAUAUUCACAGGUCCAAGGCAAUUCGGGCGUUUAUGCGUCCUUCAUGCGGUUCUGGUAAGGUGUAACGAUGUUUCUAAAUAUAUUCAUAACUUGUGGGACAAUAGUAAAUAAAUAAAUGCAAUUCUAAAAAUACCUCCUGUCACUUUGAUGAAAGUUAAAUGCGAGCACUUUACAAAAAUACAUAACAAAAGAAACACUUCUUCAAUGAUGAAGAUCUCUUCGCACAUUCAUUUCAUCGCACACUUAUUGCUAUUCUUUAAUCCCGUUCUCUGUACAACCCGAAAGAUUCAAACUCUAUAGAAUCACCUGUUCGCUUUCCCUAUAAUUACGUUCACCCUUUCUUUGAUGGGUAAUAAUUGAUACCGCGCGGCAAAAAAGGGUUGCACGCACACACAUUAUCGCCAGCGCAAGCUCACUGACCUUGCAAUCAAUAUGGCUACACUGUCUUUGAGACAGUCGCUUUCGAACCGUACGCGAAGAUGCACCUCUUUACGCAAGAUCAGAUGGGUCAUAAGCCGGGAAAUCGGAAUUACGAACAGGACAUCGUUUUCGUAACCAAGCAUAACAAAUGGGUUUUGAGAUCUAUUGGCAUUUGGCCAUCCGUGCUUAAAGGUGCCGCAAGAUUUUUGCCGAAAAUUGUUAUCGGGAUUGGUAACUUCGCGCUUCUUUUUGCUAUAAUACCGUGUAUCCUGUACAUCGUGUUUGAGGAAAGGGAUAUUGUAAUGAAGUUGAAGCUGAUAGGUUUAGUGGGUUUCUGUGUGACGUCGUUGCUCAUGUAUUUGGCCCUUAUCGCACGGAAACCGAAGAUCGAGGAUUGCAUCGAACAGGUGCAAAUUGAUUGGAUGCAGAUAGAAUUUCCUAGGGAUCGGGAGUUGAUGUUAAAAUACGGUCAAGUGGGUCGGAAUCUGACGGUCCUCUCUGCUGUGUUCAUGUACAGCGGCGGCAUAUUUUACUACACGAUCUUGCAAUACGCGAUCGGCACGUUCAUCGACGAGCAUAAUCGAACCAUCAGGCCAGUGAUUUAUCCGACUUACUCUGUUCUUUUCGACGUGCAGACAAGUCCUAUUUACGAAAUCGUUUACACCAUGCACUGUAUGUGUGGGUACAUGAUGUAUUCUACAACUGCCGGUACCUGCGGAUUAGCUGCGCUUUUCGCGACGCACGCCUGCGGACAAAUUGAUGUUGUUGCGUCACAUUUGAGCGAUCUCGUACAUAGUGAACAUAAUGAGAAAACAUCGACUCUUGAUAGACGUUUCGUACAAAUCAUUGAACACCACUUACGAAUCUUAAGGUUUUCAGCAGCGAUAGAUUUCAUGUUGCGAGAAAUAUGCUUAGUACAACUUGUUAGUUCAACUUGCAUUAUCUGUUUACUUGAAUAUUAUUGUCUUACGGAUUGGGAACAAAGGAAUACGCUUAGUCUUACAACUUAUACGGUGUUACUAAUAUCGUUGACAUUUAAUAUAUUUAUACUAUGUUAUAUUGGGGAUCUCUUGAUGGAAAAGACCAGUAGCGUGGGUCAGUCUUGCUUUAUGAUCGAAUGGUACAACCUGCCCAGUAAAACGAUACAAGGACUGAUUUUAGUCAUAGCUAUGUCGGGUAGUCCAGCUAAAAUUAGUGCGGGUAGUAUCGCUGAUUUAUCAUUAUCCAUGUUUGUAAAUAUUCUCAAAACAACGGUGGCCUAUUUAAGUAUCCUCCGAACUAGCGUUAUGUAAUUGUUCGUUGACUAUUCCACUAUUUUUAUAGUACAUAUAGAAAGAAAAUAAAGAGACAUUUUUUGGGGAUUGUCUCGUAGUAAUUAUGCAAAGCCAUCAUUACACUCUCGCGAGACGACUCGAGAGUAACGUGCACGAGAAUAUAAUCUUGCGUCGACCUUUGGCGUUUCAACUCUCGCAUCGAAAUCGGCAUUUUUAGCUAUCGUAUUUCGUGUCAAAUGAACUAUUAAACUAGCUAACAAAGCCAUGUUUUCGGUAGGGAGCACGGAGCACGAGUGAUUUUUGCUCAAUGAAAUACCGAUCCGAUUGACCGAAAGCUCCUUUACUGGCUGGCUCUACUAACUCUGGUGUGCUGCUAUUCGUUCAAUCGCUCGUGCUCCCUUUCAUCGUUGUGGAAGGGCACGAAUAGCGAGCUUAUGGCCAGGAAUGGAAUAAUUUUUCUCUCGGUCGGAAAGUGGGGACGACGCGACCAUGGUGGGGACUGGUACUUGAUAGG